CGUACAUAAGCUCGCGAUGCUAAACCAACACUCUUCCCAAACAGCCGUUCCGCGUCAUGUAUCAUGUACGCCGUCACCGCCUGUCUAAUCUAACACACUCGCCGUCGGAUCGUGUUCUCGGUUGCUCCACCACCUUCGCCGCCUGAGCCUCACCUGCACAACAUCGCCACCUCUCUGUUUGCAAACUCGCCCUCGCCAGCAUGGUCUCGCCGCAUCAGUAGACCCCACUCGCAAUGGAUGCGGCCCCAAACUGUGCCAUAUGCAACGCGCCUGCAUACCCCGAGUGCCCGUGCGAGUCGGAGCGCCUCCAGAUCGCCGUGAGGCAAGCAGAAACACGGGCGAUGGACUCGCGCUUGGCCGAGAUACGGGACUGGGUCAUCUCGCACGCCCGGAAGCACAUUCUGAACGCCUUCGAGCGCCUCACGUCGACCCGAAAGCAGGCGCAUGCUGCGUACCUGGCCUCGCUGCCCAACUACUCCAUCUACAUGCAAUAUUCGGGCCACCCGCCGCUCCACCCGUUCCUGCUUGGCCAGCUUCAGGCGCAGAUCUCUGAGGCGCAUGCUGAGCUGAAACGCGGGAUUGAUGCCGACUGGCGCGCCUCGGUGGUGCGGUAUCCAGAGGUCCUGGACUAUUUCUACAGCCUUGUCGAGGUGCGGCUCCCCAGCGAUCGGGCCCAGGGCGUGUCACAGCCCCCGUUUGCUGUAUCGGGGUACGUGGAUAAAGGCUAUGAGCUGUCGACUACUACCAAAGAGAAGAAGAAGAGCAGGAGAGACAGGGACGCUUCAUCGCCACCCGAGCGGGACAGGCGAUCGAGACGAGAGUCCACCAAGGAGGACCAUUCAUAUACUGUGGUAGGAAGAACGAGAAUCCCACCCAUGGUUCCCACGCCACCGAUUCAGCCCGGUAAUAUGCGUCGUUAGACGGCAAGGCUGUUAGUCCACCCGCCAGGCUUCGAAACCCAUCCGAACUGGCCAUCUUGGCGAACGAUGAGCAAUCCGAUGUCACAGACACAAGUGGCAACGUUCACUUCUACUAGUAUCUGCUCUCCCUCUUAAUAUCAGAAUGAGGUACGGCUAGAUUAAAACUACCAUGCUUUUACGAAUAGGACCUCGGUUUCCGGACAUCCACUUUUGCGAAUACAACCUAAAACGGCGGUUUUCUCUUUGACCACUUCCACUUGGACAUUAACCUACUGCAAGCCCUGAGAGGAAGAACACGGAGUAACGAGACGACACAACGACAUUGGAUAUCACUCAUUGGGCGGUGUUUGGAUUAGGGCUCGAUUAUAGGUGGCCGUCUUUGGUCUUUACUCUCAAUUUCAUUUGCGCGUUUGAAUUAUCCGGAGCGGAGCUUUGGGAUGGCCUACUCAUUUGGCGGC